GUCUACUGGCUGGGUAUUUACGACUCAGCCGGGUCCUGCACCCUUUCUCAGGCUCUUGGAAGUGGAGGUGAAGAAAUGCAGCUUGUACUUCCAGGUUCUUGCUACCCGUGGCUGUCCAUUGCGCUCUCGCUGCUCUUUAGUCGAUGCUGCCAAGGUGGGCAAGGCCGAAGCUGGGCAGCUACUGCGAGUCGUUGGCCGCUUGGAGGUGGGAGGGACACGUUGCUUCGGCCUCGAGAGCGGCGAGUGGGUCGUGUGUCCCAAGGACCUGGAACCGUCUUUGAAAGGUCCCCUGGAAGUGCGUAAGAUGAACAACGAGGAGGCAGAGGUUCAGGCCGAAGAGAGUGUGAUGCUCCGCAAAGAGCCGACCGACCUUCCAUGGGCAGCUACCAAGAAGGUUCUGCUUCCCAAGUCCAAAGUGCUUGCCAUUCGCAGGGCCCAUUUGCAGGGAGAGAUGUGGAUGGAAGUCAUGCAGUUGGGUGGAAUGUCUGGCUGGGUGGAAAAGCGCUGCUGCAUGCUGCCAGAUGCCGGCUUCAGACUUGCAGCUGGAGUUCUCGGUUUCCGACCUGCCUCGGCGAAGUCGAUGAGAUCGGUCGGUCGGCCAGAUCUCAGAAUGGUGUACAGCGCGUUCGCCAGUAGCUCUGGGUACUCGCCGGAGGCUGCCUACGGCUUGGCGCAGAAAGGAUUCUGGACGUCAGAUACGUGCGAUGAAAGUCGAACAGUUACUCCGUGCAACGGUGCAGAGAAGUUCAUCGAAGUGCUGCCCUUGGUUGUUUUCAGCACGGCCUUGAACCUCAGAAAGGUGAGGAUACAGCAGGCAGCCUCCAAUCAUCCGCAGGACUUCCUGCGCAAUGGCACCUUGGAGGUUGGUGGGUUGCCCCUGCCACGCGUGGUCAAGGCUGCAGACCAGCCGCAUUGCGACAGCUACCAGGCUAUCGCGCCGGUCGUUCAGCGGGAGGCCUCGAAGAACGGCCUUUCCAUUCCCAGCCUGCUGGAGUCUGCAAUUUGCAAAAUCGCUUGCAGGAUGCUCGCCGCCCAGAAGGAGUGGAUCAUGCUGAAGUUUGUGGAAGUCUCCGCCGAGGUGGGGCCCAUCACACCUGCAGCAGCCCCAGCAGCCCAGCCACAGCCGCAGCCUGUCAAGGCUGGCCCUGGGCCUUCGGUAGAACCACAAGUUGAGAUUGGGCAGAUGGUGCAGGCCACGCCUUCCAACUAUCAAGAGCUGCAGCAAGAGCUCCCAUCGGUUGCUUCAACUACCGUCAGCGCGAGAGACGAUCAGACUGUGACGGAACCACUGACAUUCGAGCCGUCCGAAACCUCAACGGUGCCGGCGGCGUCGACAGCGCUUUCCGUUCCACUGAUUGAGGAGCCCUCCUCGACUUAUCGGGCACCGUUGGCCAAGUUGAAUGCAACCUGGUCGCAGCUUCUACGAGCACAGUGCGAGCAUGCUACGUAUGGAUCCGUCGGACUGCUGGCAGGAAUCACAG